UCGGUCUUGGUCCCUGUACAUGUCCGAGGUUGUCCGAAUGCAACAACGAAUCUUUCCGAGACCCUGCUGCGCCGUCGGCCAGGACUCCAGGGUCUCGGCGAGUCGGCGCAGAUCAGCAACCCCCGCCGCAUAGAGGAGGAUUAGUAAAGCUCCGCCUUGCAGUCUUCGGAACACUCACCAAGAAAACCAAGAAACAGCCCGGGCAGGCUCGGGACGGGCCAUGAUGACUCCGUGGCUCUGGGUAAGCUGCAACUCAUCCGCUCUAUAUAAGCACACAGGGACUUAAGAACCCAACAUGGCCGCGACUAGCGACAAGCCGAUACUCGUAGCAGCCGCUUAUCCGGCAGCCGGCCACACGGCGGGCGUAUUGCAGCUCGCCCAAUAUCUCAGCGGCAAGGGCUUCAAGAUUUACUUCAUUGGCGGCGUCGAGUUCAAGGCUUCGAUCGAGAAAGCCGGGGCUGAAUUCAUCGAUUUCGAAUGGGACUGGACAAAAAACUGGAACGAGGACGAAGGCGGCAACGUUUUCUAUGACAUGAAGCACGUCUUUGCCGAUGCAACCCCAACUGCGUUUAGGG